ACUGUCGCCACUUUCGUGAGCUCCUGGGAGGUCCGGCGGAGCGUGGCCUGACUGCGUCUGUCGCCACUUUCGCGAGCUCCUGGGGAGCUACGGCGGAGUGCGGACACGCGGACGCACCUCAUAGUCUUGUCAUGCGUCCUGGGCGAAUCUGGUGCGUCCCUGUGGAACUAUUUUUUCCAGAGGUGCAGACCACGCCGAACAGGUCGCCGACCAGGUACGCAGAGAAAGGCCUCGAGGCCCCAGCCCGUCCUGUGGCAGAGCGCAGAAGGAGGUGCCCUCUAAGAAGGCAGGGUGCUUCUUGUGAGGAUUCGGACGACUUCUAAGAAGGCGGGGGGGAUGUUAACAAUCCCUCUACUGUACGGUGAGAGCAUUGAAUAAGGAACCCCUGGACAAGCCAGGACAUUGCUUACAGGACUUUGAACGUUCCACCUGGAGAGAACGAGUACAGUAGGGAAUGCGUCGACCCACGGCGGAAAUGUUCCUUGGCGCGCGAAUCCCUUGGCUUAUCCAAGUCCUCGUCUUGGGCCCCUGCAGAAAGCCGCUUCCUAUCGCGCAACCCGCUUCUGUGCGCCGCUGGGUCCUAACGGCGUCUGCUCGAAUUCCAGCCAGGGGUCGAUCAUCUGGAAGAUGUCGAUGGCCGUCUGGGCGACGAAGAAGACGAACAGCAUGCGCCACAAUAGCUGCUGCAGGUCGUCCACCCCGACGCACGCAGCCACUAUGGAGCUCAGCACGAACACGCCAUCCACCGUCAGGUACGCCUCGGUGAAGCUGUUGUGGAUAUCCCCCCACCACAGGUGCCAGGCGAAGUCGACUCCGAGCAGACACGUUGACGCCACAACGACCCACGUCGUCAGACCCGCCCGCGCGCACAGGGGCGAGGUGGAUGAGGACCAGCCCGAUGCACUGCAGGAUCCGCGAGAUCCCCAGCUGCGGGGAGGUCGAGGGGGAGUCCUCUCGGCUGUAGCAGAGGCCACCAGCCGUGCCAAAGGACAGGCCGAGCAACAUCAUGACGCUGCUGAGCCGGCAGCGGAUGCGCCUCAUCGCCCGCUGGCCGGCGACGAGUGUCUCCUCCAGCUCCGGGCGUAUAGAUGCGGUCGAGGAGGUGCCUUCCACGGAGCCCAUGCUGUUGCUGGUGAGGCUCGCCAUCGGAGACCAGAAGACAUCCGUGCCCAGGGCUGUGCCGCGACUUCUCCCCCGUCAGAUUGCCGCACGCCUUCGGCGGCAGUGUUGGGAGACAGUGGCGGCGCGACACGCGGCUUGCCGAGUGGUUGCGUGGACCGCCAUCGCCUGAGCCAAUAUGGCU